AGCGUAGCAAAAGGGCAAGAAAAGAGUAUAAAAAGAAGUGAAGGAACAAGGCAGCGACGAAAUCAAGAAAAGGUCCAACCAACAGCUAGCUAGUUUCUUGGACCUUUCUUAUAUAGUUCGAGGAAAACCCAGUCUAACUCUAACUCUAUUCAUCAUCUCCUCAGUAAUCUUCAAAUCCAAACAAAACCAAACUGGUUGAUCGAAAUGGGAAAUUGUUUUGCAACUGUUCCUGUAAAUAAUCACGCCAGUCCAUCCACCACUAAUACUUCUAUUCCAGAAACACAUGGGAAUGAUAGCAAACAACAUGGAGUAGUUCCUAGUAGAAGCGAUCUCAGCAAUAAAAAUAGCUCAGAAUACAUUAGCUCUCCUGACGAAAAUGGAAGCAACAUGACCAGGAGAGUUCCUUCUACUGGAAAGAUUAUUAUGCCAAUUCUUAAAAUAUACACUUUACACGAGUUAAAAAGUGCAACGAGGAACUUCAGACCUGAUACUAUGUUAGGCGAAGGUGGAUUUGGAAGAGUCUUUAAAGGUUGGAUUGACGAGAAAACAUUCGCGCCGUCCAAAGUCGGAGUUGGCAUGGCAGUGGCAGUUAAAAAGUCCAACCCAGAUAGCGAGCAAGGUCUUCAGGAAUGGCAGUGUGAAGUGAAAUUCCUUGGGAAAUUUUCACAUCCAAAUCUUGUGAAGCUAUUAGGCUAUUGUUGGGAAGAUAGGCAAUUUCUUCUUGUCUAUGAAUACAUGCCCAAAGGGAGCUUGGAAAACCACCUAUUUAGAAGGAGUGCAGAGCCGCUUUCAUGGGAGAUUAGACUUAAAAUAGCAAUUGAAGCAGCUCAAGGUCUUGCUUUCUUGCACACAUCGGAAAAAACUGUCAUCUACAGGGACUUUAAGACCUCUAACAUUUUAUUGGAUGGGAAUUACAACGCCAAACUUUCAGACUUCGGGCUAGCCAAAUUAGGACCAAUAAAUGGCAACUCUCAUGUUACAACCAGGGUGAUGGGCACUUAUGGCUAUGCAGCCCCUGAAUAUGUAGCUACUGGCCAUUUGUAUGUGAAGAGUGAUGUUUAUGGAUUUGGUGUAGUGCUGCUAGAAAUGUUAACAGGGUUAAAAGCACUGGACACGAACCGGCCUAAUGGUAAGCACAAUUUGGUAGAUUGGGCUAAGCCAUCACUUUCAGAUAAAAGAAAGUUAAAGAGGAUCAUGGACCCAAGACUUGAACAACAGUACCCAUUAAAAGGUGCAAUUCAUGCAGCUGAACUUAUAAUAAAAUGUCUGGAAUCUGAACCAAAAACUAGACCUUCAAUGGAAGAAGUUCUGGAAACAUUAUUAGAGAUAAAUGAGAUUAAAGAAAAGCCUAGGGAAACAAAAUCUAAGACCAAGAAACAGGUUAAUAAACACCAAGAACAUAACAACAAGAAUGAUUAUCAUCGCUCUCGAGGUCAUUCCAGGCAGGGCGGUGGCAAUGGCGCUCCGGUUUAUCCUUAGUUAGUUCUGUUUAAUAUAGAUUUAUGUUGUUCUUCCUAUAAAUGUUUCCUCUUGUAAUUUUGUGAACCUUAACCUAUAUAUACAUUUCUAGUUCCACUCUUCGUUAAA